AUGUCUCCCCUGUGGAUCGUGCUGACCCUUCUCCCCAUCCUUGGAGGAGCAGAGAGAUUUAACUGCCGUGGUCGCAUCUUGGGUGCCUAUUAUGCUGACGCCAAAUCCGGUUGCAAGGCAUUUCACGUCUGUGUGAACGUUGCCGGUGGCGGUAUUCGAGAUUUUAGGUUUUACUGCCCGCCUGGUACGCUGUUUCACCAGGAGGCGCAGACCUGCACCGACUGGGGCGACGAUGAUCCCCUCGCCUGUCCAGCCGACAUCUACGACGGUCAGUUCGAUCUCUACAAAAUCGGAUCCGGAUUUGACACCAGAAAAUUGUCGCAUGAAAAUCGCGAUGAUGAAGCUGAAUUUGGCUUGCAGCGUGCGGAGACAGGAGAUCGACGUUUGUCCGAAAAUAAUGGCGCAUCAAACGCCAUAUCUUCAGAUCUGCGAGCCGCGCACUCUUCAGACUUUUUCAGUGGCCAAAGAGAUCGUGGCCGUGAUGAUCCUCUGCCGCCUGCACCCAAUGCUCAGCUCAAUGCACAACCAGUUAUAUCGCCCAUCUCGUCAUCGCGACAAUCUUUUAGAAGAGCUACUACAUCUCGUCCCAAGCCUACAACUACACAAUAUACAACAAAUAACUCACCAACCCAGCAGCCCACAUCCUUGCCCUCAAAGCCUGACCGAUAUAAUCAAGCUCCCAAGCGUAAAUUAACUAGAAAACGUCCCAUCUACACGACCACGCAAUCUCCUGCUACAUUCGCGUCAGAUACAUUUAGUCCCCAAGCUUACUCAGAGCAACCACAGAAUUACAACCGAAGAAUUCCAUCACAAAAUACACAAGACUUCGCAUCGACAGUAAACGUUCCACCACAGUACAAGGACGAAUAUGUAGAAGUUAGUAGAGUAACGCCAAAACCAAUUAGAUAUUUCUCCAAAAGCCCUUCUUCUACUCCUUUUACUCAGCCAUUGGGAGAGCCGCAACCCAAGAAAAGCGGUCUGGCAGAGGAAUAUAAGUAUGACACUCAAUCGUCAUCAGGUAUUAAGGCACAAAAUGAGAACCGCCCGUUCAAAGUCCGAAAUAGUUUUAGUGUGAUACCAAAUGUUCCAAACGAAAAUGACUUCUUAAGAAGCCAAAGUUUUAAUCGUGAAAGAGGUACUCCUACAACUACAGACUUUAGUGCUACGACGCGUGGUUUUCUAACGAGUACAUCGGCAUAUAGAAAUGUUAACAGUAUCUCUUACGAACAAGAGAAAAAUAAUUAUAAUCAAUUCCCAAGCUCUAAACAAAAUUACUUUUAUACUCCUACGACUACUCCUUCAACCAUCGCGACCGCUUAUACAACGACUACACGAUAUGAAUCUCCUCAAAGUUUAAACACAAUAGCGUAUAAUACAAACAACGCUUUCAAUGCACAAUCUAGUAAUUUUGCGGACAGUAAUGAAGAUGACGGACAAUAUCGACCACCUGAAGGUGAAGACGAUGGUCAAUAUAGGCCAGAACUUUAUGAGAGAGAACUUUUAUCAGGUGCACACUCUCUUAACAUCGCCGCUAGCGGUAACCGAUUGCUAGAAGAUCAAAAAACGCAGAGCAAAAAUCAGUUUUCCCGCAAACCUGGUGCGGGAGCAUCUGUUCCGCGACCUUUUAGACCGGCCCCAAGUGUUGCAACAUCCACGCAAUUGUCAAUAAUUCCUGAAAUUACUUACUCGACAACGCUUCGACCCAUUCCCGAUAUAACACAGCGAACAUUCGACUACUACCAAACAUACACUACGACGUCUAGACCAUUCGAGUCAAAGGCCCCUGGUCCUGCAAAUAAUAAUGCCCCAUCAUAUGAUUCUACUCCAGCGAGAAUAACAAGUACAUCAGUACCAAGAACUUAUGAUCCGCAACGAAGUCAAAAUCGUGAGACACCACAACCUACUAACGCACCCGCGCCCGCUCCAAGACCUACACAUCGUCCACACCACUUUGCGAAACCUGCUCAUAACAAAGAGGACACAAGCUAUGAUUAUGCCUACUACGAUUCUGAUUCUGGUUUUUCAGAAUACGACCAGAUAGAAGAAUUUGGUAGAACUAAUACUAAAGGUUAA